AUGUCGGCAACACCAGGGCCAAGCUCGGCCGACGCUGCCCUCACUCCAGAGCAGCAGGCCAUCCAGGCGGUCAUGCAGGCGCUCAACACUCUCUACACCGACCCGGACAACAACGCCAAGGCAUCGGCCAACACCUGGCUCCAGAACUUCCAGCAGACGUCGGAAGCAUGGCAGACCGCCAAUGCGCUGCUGCUCGCCUCGGAGCUUCCGCUCGAACCGCGUCUGUUUGCAGCACAGACGUUCCGCACCAAGAUCACCUUUGAUCUCGAGCAGGUGCCGCGGCCGCAGCGGGUGGCGCUGCGCGACACGCUGCUCACCGCGCUGUCGGCGUACGCUUCGGGCCCGCGCGUGAUCCAGACGCAGCUCAGCUUGGCGCUCUCCGGCCUGGCGCUCCAGCUCGACGAGUCCGAAUGGCCCACCGUCGUGCCGGCCAUGAUCGAGCGCUACGGCUCCAACCCCGAGACGGUGCCGAUCCUGCUCGAGUUCCUCACGGUGCUGCCCGAGGAGGUCAUCACCAACCAUCGCAUCCCCGUCGACAACGACUUCUACCACACCCGCUGCCACUUUUUGCUAUCAGCGGCGGCGCCCGAGAUCCUCAAGCUGCUCUCCAUGUACGUGCAGGCACAGGGGCUCACCUCGCAGAUCCAGACGGGCAUCUUCCAGUGUCUGCGCUCGUGGCUCAAGAGCGGCGAGAUCUCGGCGGGUCAGAUGGCCGAUACGCCGCUGUUCGACCUCUCCUUCGAUGCGCUCGCCUCGGACGAGCUGUUUGACGUGGCGACGGAUGUGGUGUGCGAUCUGAUCAACGAGACGCAGGAGGUCGAGGAGAACAUGGACACGAUCCAGCGUGUCCUUGCGCGCCUCCACCCGCUGCGUCAGGAGCUCGCGGCGGCAGGUGAUGACGAGGACAAGGUGCGCGGGCUGUGCCGCAUCUUUGUGCAGGCGGGCGAGUCGUACUAUCGCAUCAUCCUGCGUCAUCCAGACGAGCUGCUGCCGGUCGUCGAGGCGAUCGCCGAGUGCACCGCGUACCACGACCUCGACAUUGUGCAGAUCACCUUCCGCUUCUGGUACCUGCUUUCGGGUGCGCUCGGGCAUGCGUACGGUCAGCCGGAGGCACAACGCUUUUACCCGCUGUACGAGCGACUGCUCGAGAUCAUCAUCCGCCAUCUGCGCUUUCCGGACGAUCCCGAUGCGCUCACGGGUCAGGAGCGCGACGACUUUCGCUCGUUCCGCCACUUUAUGGGCGACACGCUCAAGGACUGCUGCCACGUGCUCGGCUCGCGCCAGUGUCUGUCUCGAUCGCUCACGCUCAUCCAGACGACGAUCGCGCAGUCGACGCCCGAGACGCUCAAGUGGCAGGACGUGGAGGCGCCGCUGUUCAGCAUGCGCGCCAUGGGUGCCGAAGCGGAUCCGCGCGACGACGAGGUGCUGCCGCAGAUCAUCGGCAUCAUCCCCACGCUGCCGGACCAUCCGAAGCUCAAGUACGCCGGCCUGCUCGUGCUGUCUCGCUACACCGAGUGGAUCGACAUGCAUCCGGACCAGAUCCCCGCACAGCUGUCGUACAUCAGUGCCGGUCUCGACCAGGCCGGUAGCGAUGUCACCGCCGCAGCCGCGCAGGCGAUGAACUUUCUCUGCCAGGACUGCCACCGCCAUCUGGUACCGUAUCUGCCGCAGCUCUACGACUUCUUCCGCUCGGUCAACGAUAAGCUUGGCCCGGACGAUUUGGUGGCGAUUUCGGAGGGCAUUGCGCAUGUCAUUGCGGGCAUGCAGUCGAGCGAGGCACCGCAGGCACUCAUGCAGUUUGCACAGCCGCUGCUCGAGGCCCUCAACCAUGUGGCGGCACAGCCGGGGGCGGGAAAGGACGAGCUGCGCAAGGCGGCGGAUCGCAUGGAGCAGCUGGAAAAGAUGCUCGGCGUCAUUGGGUCGUCGCUCGCAAGGCAUCUUCCGGAGGCAUGUGGCAAGACGUGCGAAGAGGCAUACGCUGUGCUGGACCGCAUGCUGGCCGCGCACGGCCACGUGUACUUUGUCUCGGAGCGCGCAUGUGCACUGCUGCGACGGGGACUGUCGUUCUUCGGCGCACUUGCCGGCGGCAGUUUGGUGGCGCUGCUCGAGAGGUUGGCAACGUGCUUUGAACAGACGGGUUUUCCCGGGUAUGUGUGGAUCACGGGCAAGUGCAUCGACCAGUUUGGGCGCGAUGCAAGCAUGCCCGUCACAGCGGCGCUGCAGGGUGCAUCGGACCGGGUGAAUGCCAAGGUGGUGCAGCUUCUCGACAACACCAUGCCCGCCGAGAUGGGCGAUGUGCUCGACGACUACAUGCACACCUGUCUCGCAGUGCUGCAAAGUGUUCCUGCGGUGCUGCUGCUGUCGCCCAGCUUCCCACACGUCUUCCGCGCCACCCUGGCUGCACUGACGCUGCUCAAGACCGAAACCAUCGCCACAGCUCUCGACCUCGUCCUGGGCAUCGUCGGGCAUGAUUCGCUCACCGUUUCGCGCAUGCAAGGCGACGCCACACCCUCCGACACCUCAGCCUACGCCGCUGCAAUCCGCCAAGUGGUCGCCCAGCACGGAUUCCAGCUCACUUCGUCGCUGCUCAACGGUCUCGUAACGCAGUUCAGCCCGGAAGUGAUGCCCGUGGUGGUGACGACGCUCAAGGUGCUCACCGGUUCGUUUGCCACCGAGAUGCACGCUUGGAUCCCAUCCAUCGUCGAACAACUCCCCACCGCCUAUGUGCCCGAAAAGGACAGGCAGGCUUUCGUCCAGAGGUACAUGGCCGCCCUCGAGGGCAACAGCCUCGACCAGGUCAAACUCGCCAUCAACGCCCUCUACGCCGCCUCGAGAAAGGCUCGAGAACGCACGCGCGUCGACAGAGACGCAGGCCCCUCUGCCCUCCUGGACCGCUAA